CGCUCAAUGACUACUUAUUAUUAAAGUCUUAUCCAGGGUUCGUGUCACAGAGCAUAAACGCUCCUAUCAGAAAACGCUCGGCGUCGAAGCCAAUAUCAAAAAGAGGAAGUGCUAUCUUCUUCUCUGCCACAUCCUCUCAUGCGCUUAUCUUCCUUUUCAACCCUGUGACAUGUUAUUUUCUUUCAAGUCAACAGUUUGAAAUUGAGUACAGCCAGACCUUUGCAUUGAUAGAAAUAACAAGAGUCUAUUCAGAUUGAGUACAGCCCUCCACUUCUGAUAUAUCGCUGUUUUGACACUUUGUGGAGUUGACAUCAGCUAAGGAACUCAAUUCUGCCGAGUCGCUCCCAGAGUGCUGAAGAUCCAGGAAACAACCGUUUGACAAGCUCCAGGUCAGCAGAGGUGAAGAUAUCACUUUGCAGAGGAAUGAUGGAGGAGAACAUCUUUAAUUAUCAGAAAGAAGAAGAGCCUGUGGAACUUGAGUCUUUUCAGGGGGAGAAGAGGAAACUCAUACAACCAACAUCUUUAAAAGACCCCAAACUUGAAAAGCUGAAGGAGGCACUGGUUGAUUGGAUCAAUAAGACUUUGAAACCCGAGCACAUCGUUGUUCAGAGUCUGGAGGAGGAUGUGUAUGAUGGACUGGUACUUCAUCACCUGCUGUCCAGGUUGGCCGACGUGCAUUUGAAUGUGGAAGAGAUAGCGCUGACCAGCACAGCUCAGAUCCGCAAGCUGGAAAUAAUCAUGGAGGAGCUGGGCAAGAGACUGGGCACGCAGGACAGCAGUCAGAUCAAAUGGAACGUCAAACUCAUCCACAACAAGGACCUUCUGGCCACCCUUCAUCUGCUUGUUGCCAUGGUGAGAUGUUUCCAGCCUGAAUUGGAUUUGCCCUCUGAUGUGAAGAUUGAAGUUGUAGUCGUAGAAGUCAGCAAAAGUGGAAUCAAAUCAGAUGUGCAAGUGGAAAUCUUAACAGAGGGAAGCAGCGACACAGACUCCCUCAGCAAUACUGAAAGGGAAGAUCCCAUCGAGCAACUGCUGAAGCUUGAGGCUCACAAGGUCAACACAGUGAAAAAGGCCCUGGUACACUUUGUCAACCAGCAUAUAUCAUCUCUGGGUCUGCAGGUGAUAGAUAUGGACAAACAGUUUGCUGAUGGUGUGAUUCUGCUGCUGCUGAUCGGACAGUUGGAGGGUUUUUUCAUCCCGCUCUUUGACUUCAACCUGACCCCUGUCAGUGACUCUGAGAUGCUUCAUAAUGUCACCUUGGCCUUGGACCUCUUGAAGGAUACAGGCUUUCAGCUCUCCAGUGUUGACCCACAAGGUGAGACAAAUCCACUUUGUUCACACAUAACACACUCAGAACUUGUUCAUGACUGUUUUACUGAGAUUGAAAUGCCAGGCACAGAUGAUGAAGAAGAAAAAAGGCCUGCAGAUAAAAUGAUCGUUACCAUGAAAAAAUGAAAUCCUACAGCGCUCCAAGACACCAAUGUCAAACUAAUUCAGUGAUGAUGCCCUUUAUCAGGAGAAUUUAUCUGGAUGACGGAAAAAAUGCUAAAAUGUGUUUGUAUGUCAUGCAAGGAAGGGGAUUGCUGAAUUAAUGUGCUCUACACCGUGGAGUGAGAGUUUGAGAGUGUUUUGGAGAGGGAGAUGGAAUAGCGUGCUGAAUAUGAAUGAGCGCCGCUCGUGCCAUGAUGAGUAUCACUAUAGAUGAUUAGACACAGAGAUUGAUCCUUACUGUACUGUUACUAGGCUAUAUCAAUGUGUGGGUGUUUAUCUGAAUGAAUUUGUGUUAUCUGUCUUACUGAAGACUGCUGCUAAUAUUUCACAUGGAAAAGAGACAGUUGAAGUGGUUUGGGUAUCCGAAGGGCCAACUAAUCAAGGUGGUUCAGGCAUAUCCUAUCAGGAGAAGGCCUCAGAGCGAAGCUAGGGCAAACCGAAGACAUUACAUCUCUUAGGUAGCAUGGGAACACCUUGGUGUCCCCCCAUCUGGAUGAGUUGGAGGAGGAGGUUGGGGGAGACGGGAGCUCUGGGCUUCUCUGCUUAAACUGCAACCCAGACCCAGAUAAGCAGCAGAAAAUGGAUGGAUUAAUGGCAGCUUUAGUGAAUUUUACAGUGUGUAAUCAACUGUAUUCAAUAUUUACAAACAUAAUUUUUGUCAAUAUUAGAUGAAGAACCAGAUCAAGGUUUUGUAUGUUUAGGUUAGUUUUUUAUUAUAACAAAAUAUCAUGUUUGUGUGUUUGGGGGCUGUUUUUAAUGGUGUAGGCUUGCUGUUGUAAGCCCCAUCCACAUAAAAAGAAUUUGCCAAACGCCAAUUGCACUUACAGCCAAUCACUGUUUGCUUGUGACGUUGUUGCAGGUAGCCCUCAUGGAUGUUAUGUUAUUUAGCAUGCAAGAUGCCGACUUUCUUUGACAUAUACUCAUGAUCUCUAAUGGCCACUUGUACACAUGAAAAGGUUCAAAUUCUAGGAAGUCAUAAAGCUACAGCAUUCGUUUUUGUUUAUUUUCAAGUUUAAAGCAUACAUCUGUGGUGGGUUCAUGCGGUAUGACUACAUCGUAUGCCACCAGCAACGCUCAUGUGUGUGUUUGGGUAAUUUCCUUCGGUCACAUAGACUACAUCAUUCCAUAAGGCGGAGAGUGAAAUCGAGCAGGUGACCGGCUGAGUUACUGACUCCUCUAAGUGUGGGAAUCAAUCAGUGGCAAGCAGAUUCACUCCACUUCCCUGCAGAUGCACUAUUGACAGGAGGAACUUCCCUCUAAACUUGAAUCUUCCUCUCUUUAGAUCGCUAAAGCUGUCCCACCAUAUUGCCUCCCAGCCACAGAGCCUGUAAUUGUAAAAUAAAUCCUCGACACGAUAACUGUUAAUGUAAGGACUAGCACAAUUAAUCUGUGCCAGGAGCGAGUGGGUAAUUUAAUUCAUUUUUAGUGUCUUUUUAAUUAACGGCAUAAUUGCAGCCACUGAAUGAGGAAUCCCAGCUCUCAGGUCCUAAAAUGAGAGCAUGCUGCGUGAAUUAAUUAGGUUAGCCAAUGGUGAAGUCGAUCUUUCUGUCACAUUCAUUCAGUCAGAGCAUCUGACAACAGAGAGCAAUUUUGUAGGGAUCUUAUCUCACCAAGGACAUAUUGAUUAAGUUUCCAUCUAAUGUUUUUUUUGUCCUCCUGAUCUAUGACCUCUUAGGAUGGAUUGUGAGAGUAGCUAUUAGCUAAUGCUGGUAAAAAGUGUCCGCAUGUUCUUACCGCCUCAGUGGCUUAAGGAUGCUGCAUGUGGAUUAUGUCUCCUCUGAAUAUUGUGACAGAUAUUGUCUCUCUGGACACCACUGCAACCUUGAAAGUCCUCUACGCUCUUUUCAACAAGCACAAAGGGA